GCCAGCAGCAGCUCGCGGCACAGCUGCCGGAGGUUGCUGUCCUGGGAAUCGUUCGAGGCCCCUGCCGGUCCAGACCAAACAACUGGCUCGAGCGAUCAACGGACCUGAAUCGGCACAGGACGGAUGAUGGAGCUGCAUGCGCCAAAACCAGAAUUU